ACUGUGAAAGUUCACUCACUAGCACACACCUAAGCACUUCCUGAGGUCAUCUGAGGUCUCCUUGUACCUCGUUAAUAGACCAGGAAGGAAAUGCACAUUAAGAAAUCAAAAUAUUGGGGGCAGCUAGGUGGGGCAGUGGGUACAGCACCAGCCCUGAAGUCAGGAGGACCUGAGUUCAAAUCAGGCCUCAGACACUUAGCACUUCCUGGCGGUGGGACCCUGGGCAAGUCACUUAACCCCAAUUGCCUCAGGGGGAAAAAAUCAAACUAUUUAAUUGGGCAGAAAGCAAAGCAAAAGAAAAACAUAUCUCAGAAUUUAUCCUCCUUCUUUCCUACAAAGAAAGCCUGAGAGAACGACUUUUCCAUUUCUACCAUUUCUCACCAAAGAAGGAGGAGUCUUUGUUUCUGCCUCAGGAACAAACACACCGGGCCCCUAAGUGAUGGAUGCUGUCACUGCAGCCUUAGAUAAUGCUAAUCCACUGAAUGGCUUCUAUUUUUCCCAGGCUGUUACUCGCCUCAUCUUCCUGUAACCCAACCUCCCAGGGCUGCAGGCCCACAGUCUCAUGGGAAAUGGAGUCUUAGAAACUUCUCCCAUUUCUCUGAGACCCACUAUUCUGGGAAAUGCACUACCUCCCGUGGUUUCAUUAUUCCACGCCUUCAUUAUUCUUUCACUGCGCCUCCCACAGGGAAGAUUAUUAGAAUAAUUACAUCCUUUGCCUAAAUGGUUCCAUUGUUGAAUAGACCCCGAUGGUGUUACAAAACCUCACAAAACCCCAACUCCUGACCUAAAGAUUGUAAUAGUAGCCCCGUAUAUAAUUGCAAAAACCAAAUCAAAGCAAGAACCCCUAACCUGAAAUCGACUUAAAAGUCCCACAAUAAGUCAGUGGUUGAAUAGAUGGUGGUAUAUUAUUAUAAGAAAUACUAUCGUGCAAUUAAGAGCAGCUAAUCUGAGGAAUAGAAAGAAAUCUGGAAAGACUUUUAUGAAAUAAUUCUUUAUUUUCCUCAAAUGGAACAGACGUUAAUUAGAUACAUAAUUAUAACCAUAUAGGAAAAAAAUAAAAGGAAAAAACAUUUCUAUAGUACCCACGACGUGCCAGGCACUGUGCUAAGUACUAUACAGAGAUCUCAUUUGAUUCUCAGAACAACCUCAAAAGGUAGGUAUUGUCCCCAUUUUGCAGCACAGGACAUCGAGAUAAACAGGGUUAAGUGAUUUGCCCAGGAUCACCCAGUUAAUACUGUCUGAGAUCAGGUUUAAAACUCAGGCUUAAAGACUUAGAGAGCAGGAUGGAGUAUUACUAUCCCACUAUAUGCAUUGAAACUUAUUUCAAUGUAUAAUUGGUUGUACUGAUGCUUAAUAUUUUUUAAAAUAAAGUAUUCAUUGGGGAGGGGGGUAGUUUGGAACCCCGAAUUUCUCAGGGCUCCCCUGGAGCUUAAGACCUGAGCAUUUCAGGGGGAGGCAGAAGCUGAGAGUUGGGAUCCCGAUUCUGCUGCCUUAGGAUCUUGGUACCUCAGCCCAUUGCAUCUCCUUUCUGGGCCUCAGUUUCCCAUCUGACAAAUGAAGGAAUCAGACUAGCUGUCCUGUAGGAACUUGCUUGUUCUUUUUUCUCCUUAGUACCUGGCCCAGAAGGUCUCGGAUGGAGAAUUAUGAGGCAUCUGCCCGCCUCCUUCACCUGACACAAAGGAAAUAGGUUUAAGAAAAAUAAGAAGUACCGGCAGCACCACUACCGGGUCUAUCCAGAGAGAGCAAAAACGGAGAAAGGACUGCCAUGUAAAAAAAAAAAUCUUUGCAAGAACUCUUUUUGUAGAGGCAAAGAAUUGACGACAGAGUGGAUGCCCAGCAGUUGGGGAAUGGCUGAAUAAUUUCUGAGAUGUGAAUGUAAUGGGACACUGUUGUUCUAUUGGAAAUGAUGAGUGGGCUGUAGUAUGAUGGAACACUGUUGUUCUACAGGAAAGGAUGAGCGGGAUGUAGUGCGAUAGAACAUUGUUCUAUAUGAAAGGAUGAGCGGGCUGUAGUGCGAUGGAACACUGUUCUAUAGGAAAGGAUGAGCGGGAUGUAAGUGAUGGAACACUGUUGUUCUAUUGGAGAGGGUGAGCAGGCUGUAAUGUAAUAGAACACUGUUGUUCUACAGGAAAGGAUGAGUGGGUUGAUUUUUGAAAAGCCUGGAAAGACUUACAGGAACUGCUGCUGAGUGAAGGGAGCAGAACCAGGAGAUCAUUGUAUCCAGUAACAGUAAGAUAAUGUGAUGAUCAACCUUGAUGGACUGCGUUCUUCUCAGCUAUCACUGCAGUGAUUCCAGACAAUUCCAAUAGACUCGGGAGGGAACAUCCAGGGAGAGAACCACGGAGACUGAAUGUGGAUCAAAGCAUACUAUUUUCACCUUUUCUUUCUCCUGUUUUCUUCUUUCUUUCUCGUGUUUUCCCCUCUUCGCUCUGAUUUUUCUUUCACAACAACUAGCAUGGCAAUGUACUUAAAAUGGGGGGGGUAGGAAGGGCAAAAGAGAAAAAUUUGGAACUCAAAGCUUACAAAAAUCGAUGCUGAAAAGAAGCUUUAUGUGUAAUUGGAAAAAUACCUUUAAAACGUAAAAAAAGACAAGUCAGAUCAGAGCUGGCUCCCAAGCUUUAUUCCUGACUGUAAUUAGCAUCUCUCCAAGCGCCUCCCGGGCCGCAGAGCGCUUCCCCGGCGUCGUCUCCUCCGAGUCUCUCCCGGAAAGGAGCUUGUGUCACGGGCACCAUUUUCCUGAGGUACCUGAGGUCCUGCCAACGCAAACAGGGAUCCGAGUGGGCUGCAGGGCGGGGCGCUCGGGGGCGGGGCGCUCGGGGGCGGAGCCCGUCGGGACGCCAGGGAUCAAAGGCUGCACCUGAGGCUCUCCGGGCCGCGCGCGCUUCUCCGCCUCCAGCCCCAUAAUUCUUGGGGGAUGAUGGAGUGGGUGCUUUGUGGCUUGGGGAGUAGCGCCUGAACUUUUCGGGCCUCAGUUUCCCCAGCUAUCGAGGGGGCUGGACUAGAAUCUUGUCCUCUGGGGACCGCCUUCGGCGGGGGCGGGAGGGGUGACCGCAGCCGUCGGGGAUCCCCGGGACCCGGCGGACGCCCCUUCUCCCGGGUUUGGGAUCCGGCCGAGAGCUCAGGUGCCGGGAUGGAGGCGGGGACAAGUUCUGGUUCCUGGUUCCUGGUUCCCGGACCCGCCCCCGGCCCUGCCCCGGCCCUGCCCCCGCCUCCCGGCCCGGCAGUCUGGCUGGGAGGUAGGACUGGGAGAUCUGGGUGCGCUCCGGGCCGGGCGCCUCCGGGGUCUGGUGCGGCGGCUGGAGAGCCGGGGCGGGCCGCGGGAGAUCCAUCCUCUGGGGAGGCUCCGGACUGGGUGAAGGACAGCAGCCGCCCGCAGCCAUGGAGGCCGAGCCUCCGCUGUACCCCGUGGCCGGAGCGGCCGGCCUCUUGGCAGAGGAGCCCGGAGCUGGAGUUCCCGACGGGGUCCUCCCGGACGGGCCCGAGCUGGACGAGUUCGUGGGAGCCUAUCCCGACUACAAUGAGGAGGAGGAAGAAAGCAGAUACUAUCGCAGAAAGAGGCUGGGCGUCAUCAAAAACGUGGUCUCCGCCAGCAUCGGGGGGAUGCUCACCUACAGCGUGUACUUGGGGCUCCUCCAGAUGCAGAUGAUCCUGCACUACGACGAGACCUACCGAGAGGUGAAAUACGGCAGCAUGGGGCUCCCCGACAUCGACAGCAAGAUGCUGAUGGGCAUCAACGUGACCCCCGUGGUGGCCCUGCUCUACACCCCUGUGCUCAUCAGGUUCUUUGGCACCAAGUGGGUGAUGUUCCUGGCCGUGGGCAUCUAUGCCCUCUUUGUCUCUACCAACUACUGGGAGCGAUACUACACGCUGGUGCCCGCCGCGGUUGCCCUGGGCGUGGCCAUCGUGCCCCUCUGGGCCUCCAUGGGCAACUACAUCACCCGGAUGUCUCAGAAAUACUACGAGUAUGUGAACUACAAGGAGGAGCACGUGCAGGAGCAGAGGCGGCCCCCGCGGGGCACCCACACCUCUUUCCUUGUCAUCUUCCACACCGUCUUCUACAGCUUCUUCCAUCUCAGUUUUGCCUGUGCCCAGGGGCCCAUGGUCUUCUUCCUCAACAAGUACUUGUAUGAUCGGAACCACACCCUCUAUCACGUGCAUAACUGUGGCAUCAAUAGCUCUGGGAUCCUCGUCGGCUUCAACAAGACCGUGUUGCAGAGAUUGCCCCACAGCCGGAACCUCAUCGUGGUCGAGAGCGUGCUCAUGUCGGUGGCCUUCCUGGCCAUGUUGCUGGUCCUGGCCCUGUGUGGCUCUGCCUACCGGCCCACGGAGGAGAUUGACCUUCGCAGCGUGGGCUGGGGGAACAUCUUCCAGCUCCCCUUCAAGCACAUGCGCGACUACAGGCUGCGCCACCUUUUCCCCUUCUUCGUCUACAGCGGUUUUGAGGUGCUCUUCGUCUGCACCGGCUUCACUCUGGGCUACGGCGUGUGCUCCUUGGGGCUGGAAUACCUGGCCUACAUCCUCAUGGCCUACGGCUUUGGAGCCGCCAUCUUCUCGAGCCUGGGGCUCCUCCAGCUGUGGCUGCCCCGCCAGGUGCCCCUGGUGGCCGGGGCGGCCGUGCACCUGCUGCUCAUCUUGGUUUUCUUCUUCUGGGCCCCCCACCCGCAGGUGGUCAGCCACAGCUGGAUCUUCUACAUGGUGGCCGUGCUCUGGGGCGUGGGCAGCGCCCUCAACAAGAUUUCGCUAAGUACCCUCCUUGGGAUUCUGUACGAAGAUAAAGAGCGUCAGGAUUUCAUCUUCACCAUCUACCACUGGUGUCAGGCCCUCGCUAUCUUUGCGGUCUAUCUGGGCUUCAACCUGCCCAUGAAGGCCAAGCUGGCCAUCCUGCUGCUGACCAUCAUGGCGGCCGUGUUCUCCUAUCUGUGGAUGGAAGCCAAGCUUAAGCAGCGCGUGGUCUACCGCCUGCCCCGCAUCCCGCGGCCGCAGCACAAGGUGUGUGGCUACCGGUACCUGGAGGACGACAACUCGGACGAGACGGGCUCGGAGAACGAGCAGGACUCCCCCGGGAGCCAGGAGGGCUCGGCCGACGAGGACGGGGAUGGGGAGCCCGCGGGAGCCGGGGCGCCGGGCCCCGCCCGGAGGCGCUACCCUUAUGAGCAGGCCCUGGAUGGGGAGGACGGGCCGGGGCAGGAGUAGGGCGAAGGCCUGGGCUCCCUCCGCCCUGCGCCCCUUUGUGUCCCGCCCCUCCCCACCUCAGCCGACCAGAAGUAAGCCCUCUCCCUGGACUCAAUUAGCCCAUCUCUGAAAUGGGCGGCCUCCCAGAGACCCUCGGACGCCCCUCUGACCUGCCAGCCUCUCAGUGGAAGGGGUCCACGAGCCACCGAGCAGCCUCCCCAUUAACCCACAGCCUCGAGGAACUGGAAUUCCUUUUGGGGAGGGAGGGUCAGCGCGAGACAGAAGGCCCAGAGGCCGGGCCGGGCCCCACGUGGUCCCGCUGCUGUCAUUUCUGCCCGGGCCCAGAGCGGGGCUGCCGAGGUUCCCAGCCUGAAUCCCGCGGUCCCUUGCGCUGACUUUGGGCUCCGGGGGCUGGGGGUGUGGCUGUGGUCCCCGCCCCCCAGGUUAGGGAGACUUCUCUGUCCCUUUCCUCUCCCUUCCCCCCUUUCUGCCCCCCUUUCCCCCCCCUUUGGGGCGGGCUUGGCCGGGAGGGCUCCCGCGUCUGCUUUUGAAGAACCACUUUUUUCAGUCCCUGCCUUAUGUGGGAGCCAUCUCUGCCGGUGGAAGUGGAAGGAGAAGGGACAUGGUCAUGGGGAAGGGCGAGGGUGGAGUGGGGGAGGCGGCUCAAGACGGCUGCAGCACCAGAGGCCCGGGGAAAAGAAGUGGGCAAGGCCCUGGCACUGCCCGCUGCCCUGGGGCAAUCACCCAGUCGGCCCCUGCUUGAGUACCAGAUGCUGUGCCCAAGACUCCCGAGGACUCGCCAUCCAAGGGGACCCUCCCCGUCCUGGCCCCCGAGUCUCCCCGUCUGAAUACCAGGGGUGGACUGGAUGACCUCGGGCUCCGUCCAGUCCUAAAACAUGGAGACCGUUGGGUGGGAGAGCCAGUCGGUUACUGCUCCCUUGUUUGUGACCAGAGAGCGCGGAUGCUCCGGGGGAUAAUCGCAGCCCUUCCGAGCCGGGAGAGGCCCCAGGAGGAUCCGACCCGGCUAUUUCUGCGGCGCCCCCUCCUCCCCACUGCGGGGGCCAUCCGGCCCCUGAACCCCAGGCCUGGGGUACUGCCUCCUCAGGAAGCCCAGGCACUUCCCCCCUGCGUUUAACAAAUGCUUAUUAAGCAAGGGAUGGGGAGCCGAACGUAAAAUCCUCCCUAACCUGCCCUCAGGGAGCUUGCGGUCUCCGGGAGAAAACGUUAUGUAAAUAGAUAAGAGGAGGAUGGUGAGGUCCGCUCUGAGGCUAAGGGGUGUGCUCCGGGCUGGGCCGCCGGCCAAGGCAAACGUACGGCAGCUGGAAAUGCCCCCUCCCCCAGCCCUCCUGAUCCGGGGCCAGUCGGACAAAGUCUAGUUUCAAUUCCUCAUUGCGACUUUCACAGAGUUUGAAGGAAAAUAUUAAGUUCCCUUAAUAACGCCAGUCAACAGAAUGAAGGAAGGAAAAGAAGCCUUUAUUAAGCACUCACUAUGUGUCACUAUGCGUCAAAUGUCUGACCCGGAAUCCAGCUCCUUCGCAAGCUCCAGAACUCGGCCGGACGAGAGGGGCGGGAGGCGGCCGUUGUCAGUCGUGGCCCAACUUUGCUUUCGCUCUACUUACUGAUUGCAAGGGAGGGCAGCCUUGUAUUGGGGGAAAUCAGUGCAAGAUGACUGAGUUCAUCUUAAAAAAAAAAAAAAAAGCAUGAAUAAAACCACUUAAAACACACAGAAGAAAACAAAGCUAGGAAGGGUACAAACAUCGGGGCAAUUUUGUUACAAUCUCCUUCAAUUUAAGAUGCACUUAAAAACCAGAAAUUGCCAAUUUCAUAUAUAAUCCUCUUUUGAGUUCUUUGUCUAUUGAAAUCAUUGUGUUUUUGAUCAUUUUACAUUUCAAAUAAAAUGUUUCUUUUUUAAAAGA